AAUUGAAAACACGAACCGAUCCGAACCUCAACCCGCAUCACCAUCCAGACUACGGUUCGGGCGGGUUCGACUAUCUGAAGGGUUCUAGCUUUCUAGGGUUUAAGCAAUGCGCUAAAUUUCUGAGUUUCUCUACAGAUUGUCAAUUACGAAGACGAUGACCUCCACGGUAGCACUGUCAAGAAGGCUUUGCCGCUCUCUCCUAUCGAAUUCAAAAGCUUCUCAUCAUCACGACAUCCUCCCCGUAACCUAUUGUACUAAUAACCUUUCCUUCCGCUCGGUAUCAGAUAUCACUGAGUCCGGUAUUGAAUCGGACUUGUACUCGGAGUUGGACUCAAAUUCGGUAACUAAUCAACCUUCUUUCUCACCGUCCUCGUCCCAAUCACCCACCCAAUCGAGAAAGGUCUAUGAUCGACCUCUUGAAAAUGGCCUCGAUGCUGGCAUUUUUAAGGCUAUAUUGGUGGGUAAGGUGGGGCAAAGUCCAUUGCAGAAACAGCUGAAGAGUGGAAGAACAGUGACGCUGUUAUCAGUUGGGACAGGGGGUAUUCGUAAUAAUCGGAGGCCCUUGGCUAACGAGGAACCCAGAGAGUAUGCAAAUCGGUGCGCAGUUCAAUGGCAUCGGGUUUCGAUUUAUCCUCAGAGACUGGGCAAUAUCGUCAUGAAGCAUGCUGUGCCUGGUUCAAUUAUGUAUUUGGAAGGAAACUUGGAGACCAAAAUCUUCACCGAUCAAGUCACUGGUCUUGUUCGACGUAUUAGAGAAGUUGCGAUUCGUGGCAAUGGACGGCUUGUAUUUUUGGGGAAGGAAGAAGGUAAUGCUCAGGAGUCCACCUCAUCAGAACUCAGAGGUGUUGGCUAUUACUAAGAGAUGUUUGCAGUUUUGUCAUCUGAAGAUUUGAAUCGCCCACUUUUCGAUGUAAAUGCUGUUAUUUCACUUCACAGAGUUGCAAUAAGGCAUUCUGAAAUCUAUUGCAUGGCCUAGCGAUGAUUCACUUCCCCCCACCCUCUGUCAAGCGACAAAUGUCUUUGAUAUUUAUACGAUUUAAAUGAAUUCGAUUGAGAGAGAAUUAAAAUCAGCUUCCUCAUUGCAA